AUGAUGGUGACCAAAACUGUAUUGGUGCUUUUGGCAUUUACUGCCAUGUGCUUGGCAGACAAGCCUGGAAGACCACUAGGGGAUGCUUUGCAGGAGGAAGCAGACAGGUCCAAGAGGCAUGGUUAUGGACAGGGAAGCAUUGGUGGGGGUUAUGGUGGGGGUCACUUGAGGGCCUCAGGCCACAGGAAUAAGGGGUACUCUUAUGGAGGAUCUGUGCUUGGCCAGACCUAUUAUAGACCUUCAUACUACUACAGACCAUCCCACUCUACCUACCAAAACAACCAUGGUUCAGGUUAUGGAGGUGGCAUUGUCUCUGGUGGCACUGGUUAUGGCAGAGGUUCCCAGUCUCUGGGUGGCUAUGGUGGAUCCAUUGGAGGAGGUUAUGGAGGUGGUUCCAUUGGAGGAAGUUAUGGAGGUGGUUCCCUUGGAGGAGGCUAUGGAAGUGGAUCCAUUGGAGGAGGUUAUGGAGGUGGCUCCAUUGGAGGAGGCUAUGGAGGUGGUUCCCUGAGAGGACUUGGAUAUGGAAGCAGCCAUAUCAGCCAUGGAUCCAAUGGAUAUGGAGGAAGCUCUCUGGGGUACAGUGGUGGUGCCAUCAGCCAUGGCUUCAGCUCAGGGCAUGGUUCCUUGGGACAAGGGUAUGGUGGAGCAUCCUUUGCCCCUGUCAGCUAUGGGGGUUCUUCCCAUGGAACCAGAGGAGGAUACAGCUCUGGAGGCUAUGCUGGAGAUGACAGUGGAGAAGUUUCCAUUGGACACUCUGGUGGCUACAGUGUUGGUUGUGAAGAUAUUCUACUGAAUCCCUUUAAAACCCUCUCUUUGUCCAAUUCUGCAGUGGUGGAAACAUUGGACACAACAAUGGCUAUUAAGGCACUGCUUCAAAGCCUCAAAAUAAGGGUUGUUGCCUUCUUGCUUGACCUAGUAGGAGGGUCCAGAUUGACCUGUUCAGCCUGCCUUUUGGCUCUGAAUAAAGCUUCCUCAGCAGCUCUUUUUCUUCUUAUCCCUGCCAAAGGGGUAGUGAAGUUGUUGGUGUUGACAACUGCCUGUGGUGGUGUUGGUUGCAUGCUGCCAAAAGCAGCAGCUAUAGCAAAUGGGAUUGAGUCUAUGGCCAGUUGGAGCUGUCUUCUCAAGUUGGCUAUUGAAGCCAGGGCUUCUUGCACUGCCAGUGGGGUUUCAGUUGUUGUACUUGUGGAAGGUGAUUGCAUGGUUGUGGUUGUGGUUCCUAAGCUUAUCUCAGCUGUUGCUGGUGACUCAGUGGUUGACACUUUUGUGGGUUCUGUGUUUGAAACACUGGCUAAAGUUGACUCUGUGGUGGCAGCACUCAGUGUGGUGGACUCUGUUGUGGAUGGACUUGAUGUAGUUGACUCUGUUGUGGAAGAGCUGACUGUACUUGACUCUGUGUUGGACAAGCUGACAGUACUUGCUUCUGUGGUUGAAGAACUGACUACUGUACUUGACUCUGUGGUUAUUGAAGAACUGACUGCACUGGCCUCUGUGACUGAAGAGCUGCUUACUGUACUUGACUCUGUAGCUGGAGAAACAGUUGUGGUAGUUGAAGGUACACCAGCAGAGGACUAG